AUGAGGCUUGGUCGCCUGUAUUCGCCAUCAAAGCUCUCCGAGAACGCCGUACAGGACUUCCCAGUUUGCUACGAUCGUCAUUCUCUGAUUCCUCUCCUCCGCAUGCACAACGCACUGUCCUUCGGCCUCGCCGGGCAGAUUGCACGCAAAGAACUCCAGAACCAUUCAUCUUGUCUUAUCGAGGAGCCAUGCAUUGAUUUAUCAGUAUCUAACAUGCAUAUUGUGUUUCCUUAUGCUCCCGCGCACGCGUCAGUGUUUAUUUGCAUAACAGGUCUAUUCAGUAUUUUGCCUCCGUUUCGGAAUCAAUGGCUGUGCAAGUCGCAUCGGCGGCCUAUGUCCCCUCAACAAAUGAAGGUCAAAUACAAUAUUUUUAUUUCGAUACACAUGGGAAUGCCGCCAAACACCUCUAACGAGCCUACAUGGUUGAAGAACCCCGAGGACGCCGAAGGAACCAGCCAAGACUUGUACAACAACAAAGCCAGUCACCGCAUAUACCUUAUUGGCGCUGUGGUCAACUGCCUAUAG